CGCCUGCGCGGAGGCUAGGAGAGUCGGCGCCAUGACCCCAUCGAAGCUUCUCUGGUUGCUUAGCUGGGUCUCGGCCACGGCGUGGAGAGCGGCAAGAUCACCCCUUCUGUGUCAUUCUCUGAGGAAAACAAGUUCUUCUCAAGGAGGAAAGUCUGAACUUGUCAAACAGUCCCUUAAGAAGCCGAAGUUACCAGAAGGUCGUUUUGAUGCACCAGAGGAUUCCCAUUUAGAGAAAGAACCACUGGAAAAAUUUCCAGAUGAUGUUAAUCCAGUGACCAAAGAAAAAGGUGGACCCAGGGGCCCAGAACCUACCCGAUAUGGAGAUUGGGAACGAAAAGGACGCUGUAUUGAUUUUUAAGUCGCAUAUUCUUUAACUUCAAUAUUGUUUUCUGAAUAUGUACAUCUGAAUUAACUUAUUUCUGAUUAUUUUCUUUCUUUAUAUCCUUUAUGUCGUGUAGUUUCUAUAAUGUAUUUAAAUAUAUAUAUAUAUAUGAUGGCUUUGGAAGAAAAUAUGCUGCUGUAAAUUAGGAAAGGGAGACCAGCCUGACCAAUAUGGAGAAAUCUCGCCUUUACUAAAAAUACAAAAUUAGCCAGGCGUGGUGGCAUGCACCUGUAAUCCCAACUACUCUGGAGGCUGAGGCAGGAGAAUGGCUUAAACCCAGGAGGUGGAGGUUGCGGUGAGCUGAGGUCGCACCAUUGCACUCCAGCCUGGACAACAAGAGCGAAACUCCGUCUCAAAAAAAAAAAAAAAUAGGAAAGGGAAAAUAUUUUUUCAUUAACAUAUAUUAAUUUAAUGAGUAUAGAAAUGAUUCUUGUUUUUUUGAGACAGAGUCUCUCUCUCUCACCCAGGCUGGAGUGGAGUGGCACUAUCCCAGCUCACUGCAACCUCCGCCCCCCCAGGUUCAAGCAAUUCUCCUGCCUCAGCCUCCUGAGUAGCUGGGAUUACAGACACCCACCAUUGCGCCUGGCUAAUUUUUGUAUUUUUAGUAAAGGCAAGGUUUCACCAUGUUAGCCAGGCUGGUCUCGAACUCCUGACCUCAGUUGAUCCACCUGCCUCAGCCUCCCAAAGUGCUGGGAUUGCAGGUGUGAGCCACCACGCCCAGCCUAGAAAUGAUUCUUAGAGCUGUAGGCCUUUACUUCAUCAUUUUUCAGUUUAAAUUAAUCAGUUGCUUAUAAAAUGCACAUAUAAAUAAAAUAAUUUUUAAAAAAUGAUUGUGUUGCUGUGUGCUAGGGGAUAGUGGCUUUUAACAUGUGAGUUAAAUAAUACAUUAUAGUUUGAGAAGGCCACAAUAAUAACAGAAAAUCUUUAACUUGGAGCCAGUGACUUAAUUAAUUACCCAAUCGCUUGGGUUCAAAUUCUGACUCUACUUCUUACUACCUAUGUGACUUUGGAUAACUUAUUUAACUUCUCUGUGCUUCAAUAUCCUUAUGUGUAAGUUAGAGAUAGUAACAUUUUUGAUACUGGUGGGCUGCAGGAGGUCCCCAAACACUGGUGGGACCUUAACUCCAGCUGAUGUCCAGGCUCUUGAUACCAUCAUGAGAAGAAAUUCAAAGACAAGUCAGAAAAUAGGGAAAGUACUGAGAUUUAUUGCAAAGUAAAAAGUACAUAUUCGAUGCCUGUAAUCCCAGCACUUUGAGAGACCAAGGCGGGUCGAUCACUUGAGGUCAGGAGUUCGAGACGAGCCUGGCCAACAUGGCGAAACCCCGUCUCUACUAAAAAUACAAAAACUAGCUGGGCGUGGUGAUGCAGGCCUGUAAUCCCAGCUACUUGGGAGGCUGAGGCAGGAGAAUCACUUGAACCGGGGAGGCAGAGGUUGUAGUGAGCCAAGACUGUGCCACUGCACUCCAGCCUGGGUGACAGAGCAAGACCCUGUCUCAAAAAAAAAUAAAAAGCAAAGAAAAGAAAAGCACACAUUCAAGAAAGGGGAGUGUGGGCAUACUCAAGAGAGAGUGACUCAGUGGAGUUUAGGGCUUCUGCCUUUAUGGGUUUCUAUAACCAAGAGGUGGAAUAUUCAUGAAGAUUCCUGGAAAAAGGUGAAGAUUUCUUGGAAUUGUGGUGCCACCGACUUUUACACCAAAUACAGGUGUUGCCAGAAUAGUCAUGGCACUGUCUGUGUGUGCUUUAGUAUGUUAAUGAGCAUAUAAUGAGGUCCUAGGUGAAACCUAGGUCAUAUCCAGUGCCAUGCUGGGUCCAGUCAGUCUUAGCCAACUUGACUCACACCCUGGUUUUUCAGGAUCUUAUCAGCCCCUAGUUUAUGCAGCCAUUUCAACAAUUUCCUUUUUGCUAAUCAUGUAAAACUGCUGCCUGGAAUUUUCUGCUCUUCUGUGACCACCCUAUAUUAUUCCUGUCUCACUUUCACUUCACAGGGAAGUUGAGAAGAUUAAAUGAAUAAAUAACAUGUAUUAGUCAGGGCUCUUCAAUAGGAGAGAGAGAGAUUAUGUGGAAUUGGCUCAUGCAGUUCUAGAGGCUGAGAAGUCCCAUGAUAAUGCCAUCUGCAAGCUGAACACCUGAAGACCCAAAAAAGCCAGUGGUGUGAAUCAGUCUGAGUCCAAAGGCCUGAGAACCAGGGGAAUUAUGAUAUAAAUCCAGUCUGAGGGCAAAGAAGAUGAGAAGAGAUGUCCUAGCUCAAGCAGUGAGGCAAGAAAAAAGGAGUGAAUGCUUCCCUCUACCUUUUGUCCUAUUCAGGCCUUCAGUGUAUUAGAUAAUGCCUAAAUACAUUGGGAAGGACAGUCUACUGAGUUCACCAGUUCCAAUGCUAAUCUCAUUCAGAAACACCCCUACAGACACAUCCAAAAACAAUGUUUAAACUGGUACCCUGUGGCCUACUCAAGUUGACACAUAAAAUUAGCCAACACAACAUGUAAGCCACUUAGAGCAGUGUGUAGUAUAGUACAUACUUCUCAAUAAGUGUUAACUCUCUUUAAAUUAUGAAUGUAUUUUUCCAAGUCUCUAGGCGUUGUGAGAGGAAAGUUUUUUGUGUUUUUUUUUUUUGCUCUGUCCCCAGGCUGGACUACAGUGGCGCAAUCUCCACUCACUGCAACCUCUGACUCCCUGGUUCAAGCGAUUCUCCUGCCUCAGCCUCCCGAGUAGCUGGGACUACAGGCACUCGCCACCAAGCCCAGCUAAUUUUUGUAUUUUUGUAGAGACGGGGUUUCAUCGUGUUAGUCAGGAUGGUCUCGAUCUCCUGACCUCGUGAUCUGCCCACCUCAGUCUCCCAAAGUGCUGGGCCAGGCAUGAGCCACCACGCCCGGCCAGUGGGAGGAAAGAUUUUUUAAAAUGAAAUUUGAAAUACUUGAAAUUGUUUUAUAUGAGUACAACAUUUAAAAUGUCAUUAGUUGAAAAUAGUGAUUAUUUACAUGAGUGAACUGAAGUAUAUACAUUAGUUUGUGGAACAUAAAAUUCACAGAGGUGCUAUGGUUUGAAAAUUUGUCCCCUCCAAAACUUAUGUUGAAACUUAAUCCCCAAUGUCUCAGUAUUGAGAGGUGGGACCUUUAAGAGGUGAUUGGCCUUUACGAGGGCAGAGCCCUCAUGAAGAUUAAUUCAUUUAUGGGUUAAUGGACAAACGGGUUAUCAUGGAAGUGGAGCUGGUGCUUUAUGAGAAGAGGAAGAGAGACUUAAGCUGGCAUGUUAGCAUCUGAGCCCACUCAGCCAUCUUGCCAUGUGAUGCCCUGUGCUGCCUCAGGACUCUGCAGAGGGCUUUCACUAGCUUCAAGGCUCUGGCCAGAUGUGCCCCUUGACCUUGGACUUUCUAGCCUCCAAAACCAUAAGAAAUAAACUUCUUUUCUUUCAAAAUUACCCAGUAUCAGGUAUUUAGUUAUAGCAACAGAAAAUGGGCUAAGAAAACUGACACUGGGAGUGAGGUGUUGGUAUAAAGUUACCUGAAAAUGUGGAAGCUGCAUGGGAACUGGAUAAUGGGCAAAGAUUGGAAGAGUUUGGAGGAGCAGGGUGGAAAAAGCCUAGAUUCUGAUUAAGGAUUAGAAGACAAGAAGACUAGGGAAAGUUUGGAACUGCCUAGAGAUUACUUAAGUGGUCAUGACCAGAAUGCUGAUAGAAAUAUGGACAGUAAAGGCCAUUCUGAUGAGGUUUCAGAUGGAACUGAAGAUCAAAGUGUUGGAAACUGGAGUAAAAGCCUUUCUUAGAAAGUGGCAAAGAAUUUGGCUGGAUUGUGUCCAGGCCCAAGGCUGGGUGUUCUAUAGCCACACCCUACUCCCAGCUACCAAUUCCAAGGAAUGCUGAACUUAAGAAUGAUGAAUUAGAAUAUUUGACAGAAGAAAUAUCUAAGCAGCAAAGCAUUUAGGCUAUCGCAUGGCUACUUUUAACCACUUACAUUGAACUGCAAGAAGGAAUAAGUUACUUAAAGACAGAAAUCAUAAUCAAAAGGGAAGAAAAGCAGAAAGAUUUGGGAAACUCUAAGCCUAGACAUGUGGUAGAGAAUGAAACAGUUUUUUCAGCAGAGGAAACCAAGGGUAUGACCAAGCCACUGUUUGCUAAAGAGAUUAAUAUGGCUAGAAAGGAGCCAGAAA